AGAGAUAUAUAGUGAGAAAUAAGGGUAUUUUCAUACAUCCAAAGAAGGCAGUUCUUUAAAGGAUUAGGAAGCAAUAUGAGAAACAGAGGUAAAACUUAUAGUUAAAGUAGCAAUUGAGUUGGCCACAAAUUAUUACACCAUAGUCCAUUUAACUUUAGCAUCCAAUCCAUUAUUUAUCAAUUUAUAUAGAUUAGGGUUCUUCCUGCCACUUUCUAGCUACCAUAAAUUACGAGCGAUUAAAUCUAACUUAAGUAUAAAGGAGCAGAAGUUAAGCAUUGCCUUUAUGUUUGUUUUGACUAUGUGGAUUCCCUGACCAUUAAUCAAACGUUAGCAUUUUCAAACAGCAUUUUUAUCCACGUUUUACGACCUUGGGCUUGUCGGAAAUUUGCAUGUUUUUGUCAAAAUUAAAUACACUCAAACUCGGGAAAGAUGUUCGAGAAUUUAUGGCUCAGUUAGUUAGUCUGAGUAGAAAAAAAAUGAAAAACCGGCAUUGCCACCAGCGAAUUACCGGCAAUAGGAAACGGAAAUAAGUUAAGCACAAUGAGCUAUGUUCCUUUCGCCAAGAACGUGACAGGCUUCAAGGACCUUGAGGUGGAUAAACUUUUACGAAGGCAAUUUCGACGAUAGGCAGGACUUCACAGGACCAAGGACAUUCACAUCCUGCCCCAUCAUGUACGGAAUGCUGUACGAGAGCGUGCAGCACUACAUCCAGCAGGAGUACGGCAUGGAGACCUGGCGGAAGGUCUGCCAGAUUGUCGACUGCAAGCACCAGAGCUUCAAGACGCAUCAGAUCUAUCCGGACAAGCUGAUGCCGGACUUUGCGGCAGCCCUGUCCGCCAGCACGGGCGAGUCCUUCGACUUCUGCAUGAACUUCUUCGGGCGCUGUUUUGUGCGGUUUUUCAGCAACUUUGGCUACGACAAGAUGAUCCGCUCCACAGGUCGAUACUUUUGCGACUUCUUGCAGUCCAUCGACAACAUCCACGUGCAGAUGCGUUUCACCUAUCCCAAGAUGAAGUCGCCCAGCAUGCAGUUGACCAACAUGGAUGACGAUGGGGCUGUGAUCCUGUACCGCAGCGGCCGAACCGGCAUGUCCAAGUACCUGAUUGGCCAGAUGACCGAGGUGGCCAAGGAGUUCUAUGGCCUAGACAUGACUGCCUACGUCCUGGAGAGCCAAAAUGACAUCUGCGGUGGCACAGCCGGUCCCAUUAAGCUUACGGAGGGUCCUCUGACCGUGAUUGUCAAGUAUCGGCUGGACUUCGAUAAUCGUGAUUAUAUGGCCAAGCGGGUCAAUGUCAUUGCUCAUCCUUCGCAGCUCAAGAUGCCGUCGGUGGACCUUAAUGUGUUCCUCGAGCUGUUUCCCUUUACCAUUGUGCUGGAUCACGACAUGAAAAUCACACUUGCAGGCGAGAAGAUUGUCGAGACGUGGAUUCUGCAUAAUCCUGGGGUGAAUCCAAAGACCUUCAUUGGCAGUCACAUAUUGGAGCGGUUUAAGUGCCGCCGUCCCAAGGACACUCAAAUCCAAUGGGAGACCAUUCUGCAGAUGCGAACGGUACUCUUCGAGUUCGAGCUCAUCCGCACCGGUCACAACCGUGCCGCUUAUGAUGCGGCCUUGAACUUUGACUUUGAAAACUUUGAUGAAGCCAGCAGCCUGAACGAGGCGCAGGCCAUGGCUUUGGCCAGUGCCAAGGAGUUCAGUGCGGAGAACGCCAAGGAAGAGGCAGCUGCAGCUGCCACCUCCAAGGACGAAAUCGAUCCCGCCACGGGACAGAGACGCCAUUCGGUGGGCCUCCGAUCCAUCCUGUUGAAGGGUCAAAUGUUCUACAUCAAAGAUGUGGACUCGCUGAUCUUCCUGUGCAGUCCUCUAAUCGAAAAUCUUGAUGAGCUUCAUGGAAUCGGUCUCUAUUUGAACGAUCUCAAUCCGCAUGGACUGAGUAGAGAGCUUGUGAUGGCGGGAUGGCAGCACUGCUCCAAGCUGGAGAUCAUGUUCGAGAAGGAGGAGCAGCGAUCGGAUGAGCUGGAAAAGUCGCUGGAACUGGCAGAUUCCUGGAAAAGGCAGGGAGAUGAGCUACUGUACUCUAUGAUUCCGCGACCCAUUGCCGAGCGAAUGAGGAAGAGCGAGGAGCACGUGUGUCAGAGUUUCGAGGAGGUAUCCGUCAUCUUUAUCGAGGUGAUGAAUAUCUAUGACAGUGGGUCCAACAACAUCCAGGAUGCCAUGCAGGCGGUGACCACCUUAAACAAAGUGUUCUCGGCUUUGGAUGAAGAGAUCAUUUCCCCGUUCGUUUACAAAGUGGAGACCGUGGGCAUGGUUUACAUGGCUGUUUCGGGAGCGCCUGACGUGAAUCCCCUUCACGCCGAGCAUGCCUGCGACUUGGCCUUGAGGGUGAUGAAGAAGGUCAAAGCCCAUGCACUUCCCGGAGUGGCUAUACGGGUGGGCAUCAACUCGGGACCCGUCGUCGCCGGAGUGGUUGGAAUGAAGGUUCCUCGAUACUGCCUCUUUGGAGACACCGUUAACACCGCCUCGCGAAUGGAAAGCAGCAGCGAUCCCUGGAUGAUCCAGCUGUCCAACUACACAGCGCUGAAGGUGCAAAAGGUGGGCUAUAAGGUUGAAGCGCGGGGAUUCGUCAAGGUCAAGGGCAAAGGCGAGAUGGAGACCUACUGGCUUUUGGAAGGACCAGAGUAAAACUGGAGAUUUGUUUGUCUUCGAUAAUCCAGCGGAACAACUCAAAAAUAAUACCCCCAUUGGUAUUGAAAUAUAAAAAACAUAUUUUGAGACAGAAAAUCUUGUAACCUUUUGGAAAUAAUCAGGCUCAAAAACCUCUUAUAUCUAAUGUUUUGGCACAGGACCUUUUGGGAAAAGUAAACGAAACCCCUGUAAAAUAAAAGUGGAUCAAUAGAAAAAUAAAUUCAAUACACAUUGAGUAA